UUUGCUACAGAAAAAUAGCCCUUAUUACAUGGUAGUAAAGACCGGUUCUUUUUCAGGUGUUUAUUAGAUAAUAAAGAAUCAAGAUUCGAGAUAGAGGUUGUUUAGAAGAAUAAAUAAAUUCCAAACCCACGUUACACUGAAUUAUAUUAGUGCUGAAAGCGGAUACCAUCCUCUUCUGUGACUAAUAUUAUCCAGGUGUUAAGUUAUUUAAAAAAAUGGACGACUUGGAAAACGAAAAUGAUCAAAAGCGAACGAAGAGUCGCAGUCCCUCCCCGGGAAUCAAAUCGACAGCGGUGGUGAAGUACACCGCGUUCCAGAGCCCUGUGGGCUACGCUCGGUUACAAUGUAACACGGAUCUGAACAUGCCUCCCUCCAAUUGGGGGGCGGCCAUUGACUCAUAUGGACUAAAGCAGAUAUUGACCAGGGGCACUGGGCUAUCCAGCUUCAGGAUGGCGCACAUGUUCCCCGACUGUGUGGGGGAAGUAGACGUGAUAUCCGGCGCGGAGUGCAUCAAGAAACUACUCAAGUUGCCCUACCAACCUAAUGGAACAGUAAGCAUGAUGGUGCACCGCGUGGAGAAUACUCUACUGUUGGACGAUUUCGACGUGUACGAUUACCUGAUGAAGUCCGAGUGGUCCUGGCUGAAGGAUUUCUUCUACGAGAACAUUUUGAAGACAAUGUCUGAGCAGGAGCGUAUGUCGCUGCGCCUGUCGCCGCCGUCGUCGGCGCUGCAGCUGACGCACAAGUUCCUGUCGCACAGCGUGGCGCAGCGCCCCAACGGGCCCGCGACACAACCGCUCCCGCACAUCGCGGCCUCCGUCUGUCUCGCUGACAAACGCCCAUUCCUCCCAGAACCAGAGACGCGUGCGGAGGAACCUCCGAACGAGCAUUUAUACAACCGCAACGUGCUCUGGACCUUCGAGGACAUACACAUGCUCAUAGGGAGCGACCUGCCCAUCUUCGGAGACAAGGACCGGCCCUGCGUCAGUCUCCGGCUCAGGGACACGCGGGAGCCCAUAAACGUUCUCACAGGCAUCGACUACUGGCUCGACAACCUCAUGUGCAACGUCCCUGAAGUCCUCAUGUGCUACCAUCUCGAUGGAAUCGUCCAGAAAUAUGAACCCAUGAAGACCGAAGACCUACCCAACAUGGAACAUUCAAAAUUCUCACCCAAAGUCAUUAGAAACGUUGCCCAGAAUAUCCUAUCUUUCUUAAAGUCCAAUGCAACUAAAGCUGGGCAUACUUAUUGGUUGUUCAAAGGCCCUCAUGAUGACGUGGUGAAGCUAUACGACCUGACGUCUCUAUGUCCUGAUAGCUUGGACAAUCCGUUCACUACUCCGGUCGCCAUGUUACUCUACCGCGUGGCUAGAAACAUGCGUAUGACGAACAGGUCUAAACAUGUCCGUCAGUUGCUGGAACACGUCAUAGAGCUGCUGAAAGAAGAGAGGUAUCCUCAAAUUAUAGCGUCCUCCCACUAUAUGCUCGCUGAUUUGUACGUACCUGCUACUACGAAUCCUGCUAAUCCAGAUUUUAAAGAUGACAACGUAGACUCAGAUUGUGAAGAUCCAGAUUUAUAUCCCCCCCAAGCUGAAGACGUUAGCUCAGAACACGCAGAAGACGCCGUCGAAGUGCCAGAAAAGGCAGAGGGAUCCGAAAAGGCGGAGGGAUCUGAAAAGGCAGAGGGAUCCGAAAAGGCAGAGGGAUCCGAAAAAGCGGAAGGAUCGGAAAAGGGGGACGGAUCUGAGAAGGGGGACGGAUCUGAAAACGUAGAAGGAUCUGAAAAGGGAGAGGGAUCCGAAAAUGUAGAGGGAUCUGAAAAGGGGGAGGUAUCUGACGCCGAAGGAGAAUCGGCUCUUGCCCUCCAGAUCCGAGGCUUGGCUCUCAGAGAUAUAGGGGACAAGGUCCGGAAUACCGUUGAAGAGUGCAAGCAGUCGUCGUCAGUAGGGAGCGGGGUGGGCACGGCGCCCCCCGACCGCUGCGGCCGCGCGCUGUCACACGCACUCAAGGGGCUACUGGCACUGCAUCAUGUCACCAUACACAAGUCUAAGGAAGAAGAACGCGAGCGUAUAAAACAACAAAUAAUAGUAGAAGAACAACACCCCAAAAUGGCGAAUCCGUACGAACCAAUCAAAAUGAGUUACGAACCUAUUUCCAAAUCUAAGUCUGAGGGCAAAGAGCACACGUCUCGCAGCCGACGAAGGAAAAGAGAGAGAAAACAGAGUGAGAAGUGUGGGAACUUCUUAAUCGAAACUAAUUCUACUGUAGACAAGAACGCCAUACAAAUACUUAAAGACAAGAAAGUCUACCCGACGUGGCACGAACCUAAUCGAGACGACAAUUUCGCUUGGAAAUUACAUUUGAAAACUUUGUUGUAUGAAAAGAUAUGCCUCGCUUACGCUAUACUAGCUGAAUACAGCUAUGUGAACGAGCAAUAUGGCUUCUCCCUCAAAUAUAUAGACAUGGCAAGCAAAUGCCAGAAAUUGCUAUCGAAUAUGAUAAUCAAGAGUAAGGUGGUUGACCCUGGUUGUCUACUGGGUCGUGUGGGAGAUAACUUCUUCCAGAUGUCGAAGAACUGGCAUCGUAUGGAGCAGUUCAAGAAGCAGUUUGGUACCGACCAUGAUAUUGACGCCAAGAUCCGUCUGGAGCUGGAAAAUGAUAUGACUGAGGAAGUUGAACAUGCUGUUAAUGAUGAGUUUGAGUUGGACAUAUCCCUGCCGUCAAGCGAGGUGUCCGCGAUGUUGAAGUCGAUGUCUGCGUACCGCCUGGCGGCGUCAGUGCCGGCGCCGCGCCGCGCCGAGCUGCUGCGCCGCCUCGCGUCCGUCGGCAACGAACUCGCCGUCAGGCAUAUGAAUGAUGGACAGCAACUAUACGCGAAAUACACAGAAGAAGAGGACCCUGAGUCUCGGAAAGCGAAACUCCUGCUGAAACAGUUCGUGUCGACGUCUCGCAAGUCCCUCGAGUGCCUGGACGAGGCGACCGAGAUAUUCAAGCAAGUGAACGACAUCCCCAACUUGGCACUGCUGUACUGCAACAAGGGCAGGUACCUCAGGUACCGCGUGCAUUGUGACCAGGGAGGCUUCACGCAAGAGAAACGUCGUAUGUACAACGAGGCGGAGCAGCUGUACCAGGCGGCGCUGGGUCUGCUGGGCCCGCGCGAGGCCUGCGGCGCCGCCUCCGUCUGGGAGCUGGUCGCCUGGGAACUGUCCUGCCACGUCUACACGCGCGCCGUGCUCAUGCAGGACUCCACCGACAGUGCUUUCGAAGUAUCAGAAGUAUCGGAUGCUCUGAAGCACGCGCUGAAGCACUGCCUGCUGAGCCCGGGCCCGCGGCAGUACCUCUACCAGUUCCGAGCCGCCAUGAUAUACCACCGACUUGGCUCGCUGUACCAUUCGCAGUAUCGCCUGACGUCAGAGGAAGGUCCCCGGCGCCGCACCCUGUUCGUGGCGUGCCGCAGCCACUACGAGCAGGCCAGCAACUUGUUCGCCGCGCUGGAGGACGCCAACAUGUUCCUCACCGUGCAGAUGGAACAUGUCGCUCUGCUAGAGGGCCAGGCUGUGUUAUCACCCAACCUGAAGCUCAAGUCUCUUCAGUCAGCCGUCCAACUCCUACGUCAGUCGCACUCUAUAAUGAAAGUGUUGAAAGAAAAGGACCCAGAGGAGAAGGAGAAAAUAGAAGAAACAGAUGAGAAAAACUUGAAAGGGGAAUUUAGUCUCCUGUGUCUCUACGAGUCAAGAUUGCAUUUUAUACUUAAGAGUAUUAUACAGUACUGUCUAUCCAAAUCUAAUAAGGAUUAUGAGAAAAUGAGAGAUACGUAUAAGAAAUUGUACUCAGUAAGUCUUAGAAUAAAGAAGAAUGAAGAUAUAAGACUGUUUGCUGCCAGCAUUUGUGACGUGUUAGCCAAUAUGGAUGAAAUAAGUAAAGCAUUUUAGCUGUAGUCAAACAAAGUCUUUGAAAUAAAAGUGUUAAACCGAAA